UCUAAGACGCAUUGUAAGCUAAUUGGAUUUUGACCCAGUUAAAGGUGUCUGAUUGAUCUGUGAGCCUAAUCAUCUUUUUGAGAGGAUCUUCAGCCCCUUUCAUCAGGAAAUGAUUAAACUGACAAAAGCAGUCAAACACAUUUGACCUUUGAGACUGAAGCAUGGAGCCGACCUGAUCGGCAGGAAAGACAUAAAGGCAACGUGACUGUUUGGCUCGCAGGAAUUCAGCUUUCACUGACUUGUAGUUUCUGAUCAGGUCUUAGAUUGAGGUAGCAUGAGUGAGAAAUCGUAGUGUCCUUGUUGAGACGAGGAAAACAAAAAUGUUUCUGCCCUACUCCUGGAUCCUUGAUUCAAACCCAAUAGACAGUUUUUUUCAAGGUCUUGUGGGUGCAAGUGGAAUAUCAGUGCUGUGCAAUUUGAUGAGAGUUUACCACUUCACUCAAACAAUCAGUGAUUCUGAAUCUGAAACUGAAAGCAAACCGAGGUCAUCCUCACCUGACAAUCCUCUGAGGGGGAACUGGAAAGAUGUUCUCCAGUUUUGGUCCCUGGCGGUCCUCCUGUCUCUGGUGGGCUCGAGGGUUUCCUCUCUGAUAGUGCUGGAGUUUUCUCUCAGAGUGGUUUCUGCCUGGGUGUCAGCAGGACUGGAUGCCAAUGGCAGAGGCCUAGACCGGCUCCUGAUCCAGAGCCAGUUCUCCUUGGGUUGCGGCCUCACCUGUACUCUGGUCUUCCUCCAUCAGGGGGCUCCACACAGCUCCCUCAGCUUGUUUCUGGCAGCUGCUCUCAGCUGGGCACUGUCAAGCGCCAGCUACGAUCUGUGGAGCCAUGUGGCCAGACUCUACCCACUACAUAGCACAGAGCGUUAUUGUGGGAAGUGCAUCAACCUCCUGACCUCUGGACACACCAUACUGGCAUCACUGCAAAAAGCGGUUAUCUUGGCCUUUGCUCUAGCAACUGUGGCUUCCACCACUACGAUUUACGACCAUUUCCUGUCCCAGAAAGAUGCUCUGAAGUUUUGGACUCCAUUGACGCUCUGCUACACUAUGCUGGUGGUCUAUAUUCAAGAGGACCAGAAUCGGCAUACUGGUACAGAAGCCCUGAUGCACACUGUACUGCUGCGACUGGGAGCCUUACUGGUGCUCAUGCUGACUGUGGGUGACUGGUCUGAUGUCCUCCACAUCCUCAUCACUUUCCUGGGUGAAGCAGUCUGCCUGCUGCCCUCCCAGGACCUGCUGCAAGCUGCGUUAAAGGAUGAAGAAGACACAAGCUUGAGCAAAUCCAGUCACAAAACAAGGGAACGCACAAAGAAAACAUCAUCAGAUCACAAUUGAUGAUGUACCUGAAAUCUACCUCAAAUACCAGUGACUACCUCCAGUGACAAGAUGUACUAAAACUUGAUAUUAAUAAAACAGUAAAGGAU